GCCACCGCCCAGCGCUGCUUCCUUGCUUUGCAAAAUUGAAUACCUUAUAAUGAUGUUUUCAUAACAAACUUUUGCUUGGUUGGAUAAAAGAUUUUGCAUUGUCUGUUUAUGACAUCAGGAAUCUGCCUUUUGAGAAGAAUGCCCGAACAGAGAUCCUCAGAUCUCCUGCAUGAGUACCUGACAUGAAACCUAAGCACCAUCUGAAAUGGGAUGGUUGUCUCAAGUGCUUUAAAAGUCCUUAUUUUCCUGGUUCUAAUACGUUUCCCUGUAGUCGUGUCCCUGUUUUUGUCACCGAGAACCUAACCUGUCCAGACAUGAGGUUUCCUCUCUUGUUUCUUUGGCAGGAGUGAAUAAAGCCGGGCUGGCGUGAGGGUAUAAAAUGUCCUUGAGGCCUCUGCUAUGUGCAGCCAAAUUGCUUGGGAAGCUUGUGUGUAGGACGUGCGGAUGUCACCCGUGUCUCAUCUGUGGGUGGGCUUGGUCCCACACUCAGCUGAUGGCGUGGACAGCCCCCUGCUUGAUUUGCAGCCAGGUCCCAUCUCAGCUGCUCCUGGCUCCAUGAGGUGGUGGAACCUGCAGCAGAGCAGUCUCGCCCAGACCAGCCAGCUGCUUGCUGCAGUACGCAAUCCUUAUUUUCCAGGCACAACCAUCCACUGCUGUGAAGGCAGAAGGUGCUGCAGAGACUCAGAGCCUGAUGAGGAUCAAGGAAUGGAGGUAGUUUGUGGAGUCAGAGCCCUUCAGUGUGGGAAUAGAGGAGGUUUUUGACAUCCUGCCACUGUACAGUGUGCUGCAGCCGAGUGAGAGCCAGCGGGUCACGUUCCCCCUCUUUGGCCACGCAGACAUUGUCGCCCACGUCAUGGCACUGUGCAGGGUGGAGGGAGGCCCAACCUACGAGAUUGCGCUGAUCAGGGAUGCUUCGCUUAUCAACUGCCUCUUGGACGUCACAGAGAUUGACUAUGGGCUGCAGCAACCCAGUGAUGUCGUGACUCUUCAGUACAAGCCUCUUUCUCUAAAAAACAUCUGCCCCCUGCCACUCAGCGUUUUCUUGGCCUUAGAGGAACCUUUCUUAAUCUGCCACGCAGACGGCAGCCCCUCCCUGCAGAUGUUCAGAACUGAGCUGCCUGAGUACGUCCUGGACUUUGGCCAUGUCAUUCAUGGUAGUAUCCACACUCACGUUGUGAAGAUCAUCAACACGGGGCGGUUUCCUGUGUCCUUCUGCACUGGCAGAAGGGUCCUGCGUAGCACAGGUUUCCGUGUGGAGCCGGACCACGUGAAGGACCUGCCGUGCUGUGAGACUGAGUCAUUCACAGUGCACUUUGACUUAGAAAGUGCCAACCUGCCACUGGGAGAGGUGGACGUGCUCCUGCCCAUCAAGCAGAAGGCCCCACGUAUCACGUCCACCUCCAUGCCAACGUGACUGUGCCAUCCCUCUGCCUCUCCAAGGACAGACUGGACUUCUCUGCCGUCCAGUGUGGGCAGUGCCGGGAAGAAACUGUCCAGUUCCACAAUCAGCUGCAGGUUCCCUGUAAAUGGUUCUUCACCAUCAAUGAGCCUGUUGAGAAGGUCGAGGUGCAGAUGUGUCCUUCCAGCAG